AGCGGCGCGGGGUGGCGGACCUGCAGGCGGAGCUGGAGGCGGAGCGCGGGGCCGCCGAGGGCGCCGCCAGCGAGGCCAUGUCCAUGAUCCUGCGCCUGCAGCGGGACAAGUCGGAGGCCAUGAUGGAGGCCCGCCAGUACCGGCGGUACGCCGAGGAGCGGUUCGCGCACGACGCCGCCGAGGUGGCCGCGCUCCACGACGCGCUCGACCGCCGCGACCACGCCGUCGGGGCACUCGCCGCCAGGCUCAGGGCGUGCCAGGCGCGACUCCUCCACCUCGGCUUCCCUGCUUCCCCGACCGCCGCGGCCGACCGCCCCUGCUCCGGCUCCGGCUCCGACGACGAAUACCGCUCCGUCCGGUGCCUCGACCACCCCGCCGCCGACGUGGGCACCCCGCGCACCCACCACCUGCUCAACGAAAUUCCCAGCCCGGAGGACUCGGACAAGGCGGUCGUCAUGUUCGGCUCGCCGCGCCGCCGCUCCUCCUCGCGCCGCCACGCGCGCACGCUCUCCGGCGGCGACCCGUACGACUGCCGGGUCGCGUUGGCCGACGAGUUCCCUCUCUUCACUGCGGACCGGGACGCGCCGGACCAGGACAACGACGACGAGGAGGCUGACCGGGUGUACACGGUCGACGCGGUGCACGGCGUGCCCGUGAUGGCGCCCGAGGACUGCUGCUACUUCGGGACGACGACGAGGGAGGGCGCGCCUCGUGCUGGAGCUGGGGGCUGGGCGGAGGAGGACGAGAUACAGAAGCUCAAGGCCAGGUUGCAGGCGUUGGAGGCAGAUCGGGAGUCCAUGCGCCAUGCCAUCUUGUCCAUGGGAGAUGAGAAGGCGCAGGUUGUUCUGCUCAGGGAGAUCGCUCAGCAACUCUGCAGGGACACGGCACCUUUCCCUGCUGUUCCGCUCAAGGUGCAGCCAAGGCUACAACCAGUUGUGACGGCACAGAGGAAGGUGGUGAAGAGGCAGUCAUCCUUCGCUAGGAUCUUCAUUGUGACAGUGAUCAAGUGGGUCAUGUCUAUCUUUUGCCGGCGAAGGAAAUCAAAUCGCAUCAGGUACCCCAUUGGGAUGUGUGGGAGCAAUGUUGGACUGAUGCUGGUACUGGAUAGGUUCCCCAAACAGAGACAAAAGAAGAUUCCUAAAAGGAAGCUAAGUGCCUCCACUCUCUGAUAAUCUGAUUACAUGCGACCUAGGGAAAGCUGAGUCAUGCCUCUGCGCUUAUCUGACCUGAAUGAGCAGUUCUCUGAACAUAAAAGCUGGUUUUGUGAAGAAGCAAUUGUUGUUGCACAUCGUUCCAACCAUUUUUUCUAUGCAUUCAUUGGUUGAUUUGUUUUUUGGCAGUCUAGCUAAAAUGUUAAUAUCCAUUGUGUUUUCUUCCUCUGCCUGCUUUUUUCUUCAUAUGUUGUUGAUAUUCCUUUUUUGUGCAGUAGUGUUGAAAAGUGCAUUGUAAAUAAAACAUGGACCAUUUUAAUCUUAGCGGUAGAAAGUUUUGACACA